CUAUUUGCAUACAAAGUCCAAUCUCAACUCCACCAUCUUCGCUCCGAAUCACAUAUCCAGACAUGCCUGCCGCAGCUAAAUCGUUCUGGCCCGCCUUUGCCGCUUUCAUGGCUGUUGCUGGUACCUACACAACCACAGUCGCCCGAGGCGAGGGCAAAGCAAUGGAUAGUGCUUCCACACGAUACGAGAAAAGCAGAUCCGCCUAUCUAAGAGGAGUCACUGGCGGAGCGGAUCUUGAGCCUCAAAAGCAGGCCUCAUAGGAGCGUGUUUUGUUGGAUUCAUUAAAGGG